CCCUCCUGCCGGGGUCUCCUACAGGCAACAUGGCAGCUUCCUGCGUGUCCUGCGGUGGGACGCUUUCCUACCGCCUCUUUCUCGUGGGUAGGGUUAGCCUCGCCCGGAGGCAAGGACUUUGGCAAACCGCGGCGGCCGGUUUACAGACAGGUGCCGGAUCCCAGAUAUUAAGGUUAAUACAUACCACAGUUGUAACGACAAAGAAAAGUGUUCCAGCCUCAAGACGUGAAACAUACACAGAGGAUUUUAUUAAAAAGCAGAUUGAAGAGUUCAACAUAGGAAAGAGACACUUGGCCAACAUGAUGGGAGAAGAUCCAGAAACUUUUACCCAAGAGGAUAUUGACAGAGCUAUUGUCUACCUAUUUCCAAGUGGUUUGUUUGAGAAGCGAGCCAGGCCAAUAAUGAAGCAUCCUGAACAGAUUUUUCCAAAGCAAAGAGCAAUCCAAUGGGGAGAAGAUGGUCGUCCAUUUCAUUUUCUCUUCUAUACUGGCAAACAGUCAUAUUAUUCAUUAAUGCAUGAAGUAUACGGAAAGCUACUCCAGAUAGAAAAACGUCAAAAUCAGUUGCGAGCCAAAGAUCUGCUUCCAGAAAAAAAGGAAACGAAAGAUCUGAUUGGCAGCAGAUGGCUGAUUAAGGAGGAACUAGAAGAAAUGUUAGUGGAAAAACUGUCAGAUCAAGAUUAUAUGCAGUUCAUUCGGCUGCUAGAAAAGUUAUUGACAUUGCAGUGUGAUCCUGCUGAAGAAGAAUUUGUGCAGAAGUUUCGCAGAAGUGUAGCUAUUCAAUCAAAAAAACAGCUGAUUGAACCUGUGCAGUAUGACGAGCAAGGAAGGGCCUUCAGCACAAGUGAAGGUAAAAGAAAGACUGCAAAAGCAGAAGCACUUGUUUAUGAACAUGGAAGUGGAAGAAUAACAGUGAAUGGAGCCGAUUACCUGCUGUACUUUCCAAUCACACAGGACAGAGAACAGUUGAUGUUCCCUUUUCACUUCCUUGACCGCCUUGGAAAACACGACGUGACCUGCACAGUCUCAGGGGGCGGGAGGUCAGCACAGGCAGGAGCAAUACGCUUGGCAAUGGCAAAAGCCCUGUGCAGCUUCGUCACCGAGGAUGAGGUCGAGUGGAUGAGACAAGCUGGACUACUUACUACAGAUCCACGUGUCAGAGAGCGGAAGAAGCCAGGCCAAGAGGGAGCCCGCAGGAAGUUUACCUGGAAGAAGCGCUGAAGGCUGGGGAAGGGGCGGGAGGGCCUGGUGUGGGGGGAACAGGCUCGGUCCGCAUCUGCCAGCCAACGUGAGGGCAGCACUGGCAGAGAUUUGAGUUGUGAGAUGAUUUUUUUUUAAAAGGCUGCUUUGAAAAGUUUACGAUUAAUAAAUAAGUUGUAAA